AUGGUCUCAACUAUUCCAUUCAUUGUCAAAUGUUGUUUAAUUAAAAGUGAACGGCACAGACCUGAUGCGGCUGCAAUGCUUAUUCAUAAUUUCGUUACAAAUCCUCACUCAUCUACAUUAUUAACUCAACGUCUACUAUAUUAUCGACGACAGUUAGAGUCUACAGCUAAAAUGCUUAUUCUCAUGAUAACAGAGUUGAUGGUUAUGUUAUCUUCAUUGGAGGAUUAUCGUGUUGCAUCAUUGCCAUCAAAAUUCUUCUACAUACCAAAUUUUAUAAAUGAAGAAGAAGAAAAAGACUUGUUGAAACAUAUUUAUGCUUCACCUCUUCCAAAAUGGGUUGCUUUACGUGACAGACGAUUACAAAAUUGGGGUGGGAUUCCUCAUGUUAAAGGCAUGCUGGUUGAAAAAAUUCCACAGUGGUUACAGGUAUACGUGAAUCGAGUUUCAGCUUUAAAUCUAUUCCAUGAGAAUAAAGCCAAUCAUGCAUUGGUAAAUGAAUAUGAAUGUGGCCAAGGGAUACUUCCUCAUCAUGAUGGACCACUGUAUUAUCCCGUUGUGGCUACAAUCAACUUGAAUUCUUAUGGUGUCUUGGAUUUCUAUACACCAUUGGAUAGAGACACAGAUCAGAUGGAACAAUCAACUCUACUGGAGGAUCGUUAUAUUGGUUCAGUUUAUCUUGAACGGUGUAGCUUAAAUAUAGUUAGCGAAGAAUUGUACACCCACUAUAUGCAUGGUAUUGCUCAACGUGAAACUGACUUACUAAUCCAGUGGGAAAGUAAUUCAAUGUCUUCGGUGAAAACAGUUGAUAAUACCGCUGUAAUUCAUAAUUGGUCUGCUAGCAACCUGAAUGUUAUUGAUGAUGAUGAUGAUGGUGAUAGUCAAUCACAAUUACUACGUCAACGUGGUAAACGUGUAUCAGUAACUAUACGUUAUGUACCGAAUGUAAGCAAACUCAGUGUGAAGGAUUUAUUGUUCAAAAAGUAG